GAGAAUCUUAUCGACAGAGAGAAGCCUGAGAGAGCGACCAGGGUAUGUUCUAAAUAAGUGUCAGGUUAUGUUCGUUGUGAGAAGAGAUGAGCAAUUUAGAUGAAACGUCAAACGAACCGAUUUUAUACGAAUUAUUAGAAUAUUUUGUUUGGAAACAAGAACCGGAAUUGAUAAAAUGUAAAAACGAUGCUGUUAUUCUCCCGACUCCUGGGACAAUAAAAAAUGCCCUCAGGUAUCUUAACAACAGGUAUUCUUUACCAGAAAACAUCACACAGCAAGUCAGUCUUACAUUACCUUGGAAACUUGCUGUUGGAGAUCAUGGUCGUGUACUUGCUAUUUUGCAGGAAAAUGUUAUUGAAAUACGAAAGGCCAAGGAUGAAUAUUCUUCUAUAGUAGGCAAAGCAUCUGCUCCAAGAGAUGCUUUUCCUCAGUGGCGUAAGCUUGCAUGGAGUCCUGAUGGAAUGAUGUUAGCAUUAGCAUCUAGCAGUGGCUAUACAUCUUUUUACAAUACAAUAGGAAAUAAUGUCUUUAAUAUAAGUCCCAAAACAAUCUCACAGAAUCCUAAUGUUCUUGAAGCUGGUGAUGCAAUAGCAUCUAUGUUGUUUCUCAAACCAAGGAUACAAAAUCAGAAAUGGGCCUACGAGUUUAUUUUAAUUUCAUACAGUGGAUUACUCAGAUCCUAUCACAUUUCUACAAACAGCUUCAUUGUAAAUUAUGAUUUCUCUUUUGACAACUUUUAUAAAAACGGCAUUAAUUCCGUUGCCUAUGACGAAAGGCACAGUUUGUUUUAUGUUGCUGGAAAUAUGAUCACACAAAAGUUAACUUCUACUGCAUCUGAAUCUGGAUUGACUUCAUGGCGACUCUUGGAUGAUCAUCCAUACUGCAAAUUAUCAUUUACAUUUGAAAAUGCUGCUAUUAAUAAAUCUCGGUUAUCUAUAUGGAACUUGAUUCCCAUCUUCAGUUUUCAACCGGAAUCAUUUAUAUUCCUGAUUAAAAUAUCGUCAAAUGGCGAAUUUUUGAUAUGUUUGCACACUGAUGGUUCAAUCUCUUUGUGGGGCUUGCCAAACUUGAUAUUACAAAAAAAAUGGAAGUUAUUCGAGCAACCGGAAUAUAAUGUGCCUAAUCCUUUGGGACUUACAAAAUCUAAAAAAUUUCCAGGGUUUACCACUAAAGUUACGGAAUUUCAUCCAAUAGAUAUUGGCUGGUGGUCUGAUCAGGCUGUCAUAGUAGCUCGAUAUUCAGGAUCUACAUCAGUUUGUUCAACAUGGAAUUUAAAGAAUUUGUUAGGUGUCAGUCCAGAAUUCUUAGCAGGACAACCACAAAUAUGUGAACUUGGUUCAGAGAAGGGAUUUUUAUGUUUAGAUUGUGAAACUUUUAUUACGAGCAAAAAACGUAGUAGAGAACUCAAUGAUUUAUCAGAAGCUUCGUCGGAAAGCGAAAAAGAUGAUGAUGAGUUGGAACCAGUUACUAUAUUAAAUUACACUACAAAUUUAGUACAGAGUGCAUUGUAUUCAAUAACUGAUAUUGAAAGAUUUCAACCGAAAAGAAAAAAGUCGAAAGUGUUACAUCGAACUUACAGAAUUUUAGGCUUAAAAAGUACAACACCAGAAGAACUUUAUUCUAGAAAAAUAGACAUUGAGGAAUAUGAGGAAGCUUUAGCUUUGGCAAAUACGUACAAUCUCGACACAGAUCUCGUAUAUCAAACGCAAUGGAGAAAAUCGGAGUUGUCUUUAAAUGCCAUUACGGAACAUUUAAGUAAAAUAAGUAAGAGAUCUUGGGUUUUAAAUGAGUGUGUUGUACGCGUUCCUGAUACUGUGGAUGCCGCAAGAGAGUUAUUAAAUUUCGGUUUAAGAGGUGCAAAUCUAGAAACUUUAAUAGCUAUUGAUAUUUGCGACAACGAUAAGUUUGUGAUUCCUGAUACAGAUGAGGAUUGGCAAGCGCCACACGAAAGCAGUGUGCAGAAGAUAAAUAAAAUGUUCGAAAAGAUAGAUAUAAAAAAUUUAUCUGAAGCUCAAAAAAAUUUAAUUAAAUAUCGAAGGAAGCUUUUAAGUCAUCUUGACAAAUUGCUAACAUACGAAAUUAUAUUAGAGCCACCACACAAAUAUAAAAAAGAAUUUUAUGAAGAGUUUCGAAGAAUGUCCGCUGUUGAAAAUGCAAUUAGAUUUGCCAAGGAUGGUGAUUGCCGAAGUGUUGAGAUAAUGUUUAUCUAUUAUGGGAAAAGUUUGCUGCCUCAUUGGCUAGCUAUCAUUAGUUUUUUCCCAGAAACCUUAAAUCCUGUAAAUUAUCAAAAACUCUUACCAGAAUGUGAUGCGCAAGGUCAUUUGUUCUUGUUAGACCAACGUGAAUUACGAGAGAAAGAUUGGUCAGAAAAACCUGAGUUUAAUGAAGUAAUUAAUCUAGAUUUGGAUGAUCGAUCAGAAAUAUUGUAUGAAUCGAAUCCCUCAUUGCUAAUAUAUAGAAAUACAGAACUUACGCCCCAGUUGUUGCAAAAGUGGUAUAAAACUCGUGCUUGUGAAAUCGAAAAAAACAGUGCUAUAGUAGAUAACGCUUUGCAGUUAGUUAAAAUUGCAAAAUCUCACAAUAUUAAUGGCGUGGAAGAUUUGUUAUUGGAUUUGGAAACAUUGGACGAUCUCGUGUACAAAGUCUAUUUGGAAGAUAUGUCGUUAGACAAAUUAGAGAAGUUGACUAACGUAGAGAAGAUAAAACUCUUAAUGAGUACAUCGACUGAAAAUAAUUUUGUUGAAAAUAUUAAAACUCUUUUGUUGCCUUUUAUUAAAAGAAGACAUCAAUAUCUGGGCGGAGAACCUCAAAAACACUUACUAAGCGAUUAUUUAAUCUGCUUAAGUAAAGACGAUCUUACAUUUCCGGUCAAAGUUUUCGAGUAUUUAAAAGAGACACAAGAUAAUGAAAUACUGGAAAUGAUAGAUGAUAUCGCUACUUUAGCGUUAGAUUGUGUAUAUGCUUGUAACGAUGUUGACAUGUACGAGAAAGCUAAAAUUAUUGUAGAUUCAAUAUCGAAAGAUCACGAUAGAAAAAAAACAAACGCGAUAUGUGAUAUAUGGGACGAGCUUAAAGAAGAACUUAAUUGCAUCAGACUGCUGAAUAAAUAUGAUGUAAAGAUAACGUUGAAAUUUGUCCAGGAAAAUAAAAAUAAUCCUGAUACUGCCAAAUCUUUAUUAAUUCAAACAGCAAGAAGCUUAAGCAAAAGAUUGAUACCUCCGGAUGAAAAAGAGUGGGCAGAAUUAUUGAGUGAUAUGUUGGACGUACAUGGAUCAAUGUUUAACUGCAUCGGUGUUGAGACUUGUUUCGAAAUAUGUGUGUCUGCUCGCCUGGCUUCAGGAAUUAAACUUACGAUUCAGAAUUGUGCCACUUUAAUAGAAACUAAGAAAAAUGAAAAAUCCUUGGUAAAAGUAUCUUAUGAGAAAGCAAUCGAUCUUAUAUUAGAAGCAACCAAAGAAUAUUUUAACGGUUCGAAAACAUUUACUGAUCCAAAUAUGGAAUUAGCUAAAACUUGCCUUAAUCUUAUCGAAGAUGAUAAUGGAAAAAUUAAAGAAGAACGUGAUCUUAUUAAAUCGCUUCAAAUUUUAAACGAAUUCAAUAUUGAUAUGUUACCUCUUCAAGUUAGAUUAACAACGGAUAAGUUAACCUUAAUUGAACAUUGUUUGAAUAGUCAAAGAGAUGCUUAUAAAUGUGAACAAAGAUUAUUAACGUUAGCAACUUAUUUACGUAUAGAAGGAAAUAAUAAAAGAUGUCGCGAAGGAAAAAUAUUAGAACUGAUAGCAAAGAAAGCGCUCAAGUCUGAAGAUUAUACCGCAUGUGCUACAAUAUGUAUACAAUUGGCAGAAAAUAGUUACAUUUCUGCCUGGGAAAUUUGUUUAAAUUUAGGAUGUUGCAAUAAUUAUAGAGAUUUAAAAGUUAGAAAGAAAUGUUUGUGGUUUGCAAUAAAUAAUGGUCCCAGCGAUAUAUUAAGUACCGCUCUAGAACAUGUACAUCUGAUAGAAUUUCAAAUGUUGGAUAAAAAUUUGGAAUCGUGGCUCUCUCUUUCAAGUUCUAUAUGUUACAAAAGUGAUAGAUAUUCCGAAAAGGAAAGUGUUAAAUUUGAAAAUAAUAAAAGCGAAGAUGUUGAAUAUUCUGAUGUUGAAAAUGAUGAAUAUCCCACAUAUUCCGGACAUUUUGACCUAUUAUCAGACAGUACAAAGCCAUUAGAAAGAACAAAUAAGAAGAAAGAAGAAAAAAAAAGUUUGUCUAUCAUGAAAAAAUAUACGUCGUUCUUGAUUCACAAUAUGACGUCCACUAUUGAUUAUUUUGACUCUAAAUGCAAUUCAGAAAUUAAUGCACAAUGUGAAGCUGACGGAGAACAAAAUGAGGAAAAUAUUAAUGCUCAAAGUUUUCCAUGCUAUUAUGAGUCUUUGCAUAAAAUGUGUAGAAUAAGCCCCAAUGAGACAAGGUAUAAUAAAUAUUCGAUGCCUGAUAAAAAAAUAAACUUGAAAUGCUAUCAGGCGCUUUUAAGAACAUUUACAUUGAGUGAAUCAACUUACUGUAGAUUUCAAACAACGGAAUAUAAUCAUCUGGUCUUAGAAUGCGCGCGAUACACUAUAACAGACGACUGGUUACUUGGUAUGGCAUAUUUGAUGAGUUUAAAUAGAGAUCGUAUUAUGGAUGCUCAAAAGAUUUUCUCUGCAAUGCCAAAUGAAUUGUAUAUACAUACUGCAAUCUAUUAUUAUUCGUUAGAACUAUAUAAGAAAUUGUAUACUGAAUGUGAAAAUUUAUAUUUAUAUAAACCGUUAAAUUUAAUGGAAAACAUGAUAGUUGCAGCGCAAAAGUCUGAAGACUGCGAUAUUGUUAAGGCAUUGCGUUAUUGGCAUUGUUAUUUACUCGGUGACUCGCAAAUUGCCAGACCUGAGCUGGCGGAAAUGAGAGAUACGAAGAGAUCCGUAAAUAAAGGAAAAGAAGUUACCGAAGAAGACAUUCUUAAUAGCAUUGAAAAAGUACGAUGGAGAAUAAGACUUGCAAGUGAAGCUGCUAACGCAGAGGAGAAUAGAAGGAAGCAGACGAAAGGAACCGUGGGAACAGUUACCGACAGAAAAGACAAAAGUAAAUCCAAAGAAAUUUUGCAACAAGCAACCGUUCAUCAGUGGAUUGCCGAAUGUGCAACAGAAGAGGAUCGAUUCGUGACGUUUCACAAAUUAUUUAAUCUAAUCAGUAAUAUUGAACAAUAUCGGCAAGUGAGAAAAAUAAUAUCACAAUGGCCGAAAUUUAAAAUGUCAGAAUAUACCACAUUAAAUAACCAUCCGAUUCUGGUAAUGUUGGAAGUGAUGCUCUAUUUCAUAUCUCGUAUUAAGGGGCACGUAAACGAUUUCGACAAAACGAUUUUGCAAGAGAUCGAAGAACUUACCGGAUUGCUAGAAUCUGAAAUUCUUGAGCACUUCUUGGAAUGGCUAGAACAUAUUGAUAUUGAAUACAUCCUUUAUAUAAAAUUAUGUUCCAAGGACACGUCUAUACACAAAAAAGUAGUAGAUUUCAUUAUUAACGAAGAAGAAGACAAGAAGAGUUGGGUACUGCACUUGCCAGCAAUAGUGUUGGAAAAACUAUUUCAAAAUAACCUAACAGCAUUAUUUAAACCAGAUCAUCCCGUAUACAAACAGAUUAUCCGGCAUAUCUUUAUGGAUGAAAAAAUCUUCAGUGAGCUCAACAUUGAGGAAAACGCGAAAAUGCUCCUGCAAGAAUUCAAGAAACAAAACUAUAUACCGGAAGCUAUGUAUAUUAUAAAACUAAUGAAGAGAAUGCCGUCUGCUGUGUGCACGUUUGAUACUUGUUUUGAACUAUUAAUGGAGUUGUGAAUCUUUCAUGUAUGUAAAACUAUACACAACUGUGAUGCAUUUUUAGGGAAAAAAAAGUUAUUUUAAAAAGAGAGAUUUAUUGUAUAAAAACAAAGAACUCUGCUUUACCUUUGUUUAAAUUGACGAAAGAAAUGUGUGAUGUAUGUAGAAUUUAAAGGUGUUUUACUGCAAAAUUCAAUAUACUUCGUCAAGUAAAAAGAGUUUCAUGUAAAACAACUGUAAAUUCUCAUUUUUCGCAAUUGUUCAUUCUGAGCGGGUAUAGUUUAGUCUUUUGUAUAUAUGUUUAAUAUACACAUACAUAUUCUAUUAUACAUAUGUGUAUAUAAUAGAAUAUAUACAUAUAUCAAGGGAAAAGUGAUUUGCAAUGAUGACAAAUAUAUCGU